AUGUCGUUGAUUUCUAAUAGAAAAAGGCCAAGAGGUUUCAGUGAAGCAUUUGAUACGACGUCAGAUAAGACAGCAUCAAAUAAAACAAAAACAAGCAACGGCUAUUUCGAUACUAAUUCGUCGUCGUCGGGGUCGACAUAUAACGACAUAUCACCCAGCUCGAGUAAUAACCUAAAUUUGAAUAUGAAUAUAAACUUAAACGAAUCUGAUACCACUAUAAAUACGAAUGAUUCGAAUAAUAAGAAGGUAAAUUUUGGAAUGGAUGGUUACAGCAAGGACCAUGCGGUGAUUGAAGAUUUGGAUUCGGAAUGUGACGAGGAUGACGAUAUAAUUAUCCUCGAGGAAAGACAAAUUAAUCGUACCAAAUCAAAGAGGAACAAUUCUGAUUCGGUUUUGACAUAUACUGAUGCAUUUGCAGCGUAUAAUAUGUUCAAUGUUAAUAAUACUGAGGAUUUUGAGAUUAGCCACACUAGUUUUCCUAUAUCCAAUACGAAGAAGCAAAGAACCAAUUCAUUGCCUCAGUUACCUCAAGUGAAAUGUUUCUAUAAUAAACCAAUCAAUUAUGUUUUGCAGUAUCCUAAGUUAGGAAAUAUCAGAACAGACAUUAUUCCCCACCAAAUGAAUUUACCCCCCUGCGACGAUAAGGAUGGCCAUUAUAUUAUUAAGAUUAAUGACUUGUUUGCCAAUAGAUUUGUAAUACUAAAAUUAUUGGGACAAGGGACGUUUGGUAAAGUGGUCGAAUGCUACGACAAGGUAAAUCGUGAAACGGUUGCCAUCAAGAUAAUAAGAAACAUACCCAAGUAUAGAGAUGCUGCUAAGAUUGAAUUACGAAUUUUGUCCACGUUGAAGAAGUUUGACAACCAAAAUGACAACCAUUGCAUUCAUCUUCGUGAAUGUUUCGAUUUUAGGGGACAUAUUUGUAUCGUCACAGAUUUAUUGCAAAUUUCAUUGUACGAUUUCUUGGAAAAAAAUAAAUAUAUUGCAUUUCCAGGUUCACAUAUACAAGCUAUUUCAAAGCAGCUUAUCAGAUCGGUCACCUUUUUGCAUGACUUGAGUUUAAUUCACACUGAUUUGAAACCGGAAAAUAUAUUAUUACAUGAUGAUUCCUUUAACAAGAAGUUGUUGCGGAGUAAUACGAUCACCGCAAGCUACAUAAAUUUAACAAAAUUGAACGAAUCAUCUAAUAAGAAAAUUCCGAAGUAUUCAAAGAUUUUAAAAGAUCCCUUGAUACAAAUAAUUGACUUUGGGAGUGCUAUUUUUGACGAUGAAUAUCAUUCGUCUAUUGUAUCAACAAGGCAUUAUAGAGCCCCGGAAAUUGUGUUGGGUGUUGGCUGGUCGUUUCCGUGUGAUAUGUGGUCGGUAGGAUGCAUUUUAGUUGAAUUAGUGAUAGGCGAGCCUUUGUUUAAGACGCACGAUAACCUAGAACAUUUGGCAAUGAUUGAAAAAGUUUGUGGCCAUAAAAUAGACAAAUCAAUGGUAUUGUUGUCGAAAGCUAAAGAAAAUGAGUGUGGAUUACAGUAUUUUACCGACGAGUAUAACGGAUUUAGCGACGACGAAAGCGAACAAGAUGACGACGUAAUUGUUGAUGAUGAGUUGACUAGGGGGAACAGUCUAUCGUUAAUAUUUCCUACAGAGUCUACACCCCAAAAAUUUAUUAAUAGUGUCAACUUGCUAGCACGGAUUGACUUAUUUAUCAGUUCGAGGAUUGGUCUCAAUAUUAAUCUUGAUUAUUCGUUGUCGAAGAAUUUCGAUAAGAACAAGCAUUUGAUUAAUUUUGGCAAUUUCACGUUCUGGUGGUUUUUCAUCGACUUGCUCAAGAAUCUUUUGAUUAUUAAUCCCGAUGAUAGACUAACGGCAUUGGAGGCGUUGGAUCACCCAUGGUUUAACCUUGGCAUUGAGGAUGAGGGAACUGUCGGUUGA